CGUGACUAUUCCAUGCCUGAUCUCUGCCCGCGCUGUCCCUGUGACGUCCCCAGCUCCUCUUUCCCGACGUCAUCCUCGAGCUCCAACCGCCAAGGCAGCAAGCAUAUAAAGCACCACCUCACCCACCACCUCUGCCUACCUUCUCAUCUCUACCAUCACUGAAUCAGAAACAUGGCAGCAGUCAACAAGAACGAUAAUCACAUCAAUGCUUCCCCGGCAAACACAUCUCGCGGUAAUGCUGCACUUGAAGGCGGUCGUCAUGAAACAGGCGGUCUGACAAGUGGCAAGUCAGCGGGCAAGUCCUCCCAUAUGGACGGUGAUGUCCCGGCACCAGGCAACGCUGGUCUCGGUGGUGGUGGUGCAACCUCCAUGUCCGGUGCUGAUACAACACACCCUGGCUCGGGCGCAACACCCGCCGCUGCCGCUUCUGCAGGUCAUGCGAAACCCAAUGCUGAGGAUCCACGGGAUAACCCAUCUGCCAAGGAAGGCAAAGGGAUGAGCAUUGAGGAGGCGAAUGCGUCGGGUGACGGUACUUUUGGCGAUGGCAAAUUCGAUGCCGCUGCACCGGGUGCUGCUGCAAAAGCACAGCAGUUGGAGGCAGGUGCACGUAGGGAGGCCGGUGAGGAGGGGAAGAUCAAUGUUCACGUCAAUUAGUCAAUAAGUGUCGUUUUGUACUCUUCAUGACGACUGUGCUUCGAUGUUGACGCGUUCAAUCCAGCGUGCUACCAGAGCAUCGUUCUCUGCACGUAACGCCGUGACUUGUGCUUCUGCUUGUGUCAAUUCUAGCUAGAGGGACGUCAAUUUUGAGAUAUGACACGACUAGAGGUCAUCGUACCUGGCUAGUAAAGAGCUCAUCCUGCAGCGUCUGAAUCGAGGUAUUCUUGUCCUGUGCAGUCUGCUUGUACUCUUCCGUCUUGCGCGUCUCUGCCUUGAGCAAGCUACUCAGUCGAGUAGUCCUAACACGAGUAUCAGCUUUCUUGUCUUACAUGAGCCAUAGAGUGAAGCAUACGCUUGCUGAAGCUUACGACUGACUUCACGCUGUUCUUCAAGUUGGCGUUUGAGUAGAGCUACUUGUGAGAGUUCAGCGACGGUGUCAUUUGCUGUGCGUGACUGAGCAUCACGUCUCUGAAGCUGUAGCAGGUACCUGU